UCUCUCUCUCUCUCUCUCUCGCUUCUCUUCCGACCCUUCUCUUUCUCUCUUUCACUCUUCUUCUCGUUUUUCCCCAAAAUCCAAUUUCACGCCCGAUUUCUCGCCGAAGGAGAUAACGGAUCCGGGUUUCGCUUUGGAUUAGAUCCGAUAAGCUUCGCCGGCCGGAGCAAAACGAUGCCGAACCGGAGGAAUGCGCGACCGAACCGGAAUUCGUAGACCGAACCGAAUCGAACCGGAUCGCCGCCACGAUGGACGUGGACUCCUCGAUGCCUUCCGAGCCUGAUCACGAUCCUGCCUCGGCCAACCACCAUGACGCCUCGCCGGCGUCGCCGGCCUCUGAACCCUCUCCCUCGCCUCCGGCGUCGUCCGCUCAGGCAGCCUUGGCGGGUCCUAGGCCAGCGCCGACGUAUUCGGUGGUGAACGCGAUCAUUGAGAAGAAGGAGGAUGGCCCUGGGUCGAGGUGCGGUCACACUCUCACCGCUGUGGCUGCGGUUGGAGAGGAAGGUACCCCUGGGUAUAUCGGUCCCCGUCUUAUCUUGUUUGGUGGAGCUACUGCCCUUGAGGGCAACUCCGCUGCCCCGCCUUCCCCCGCUGGCAGCGCUGGAAUCCGUCUGGCGGGUGCAACGGCGGAUGUCCAUUGUUAUGAUGUAUUGUCAAGUAAAUGGUCCAGGCUUACACCACUUGGAGAACCUCCUUCACCCAGGGCUGCUCAUGUUGCUACUGCAGUUGGUACCAUGGUGGUGAUUCAGGGUGGAAUUGGGCCUGCUGGUUUGUCUGCAGAGGAUCUUCAUGUUCUUGACUUAACACAACAACGGCCACGAUGGCACAGAGUUGUUGUCCAGGGACCUGGCCCUGGUCCUCGUUAUGGACAUGUUAUGGCUUUGGUGGGACAGAGGUUCCUGUUGGCAAUUGGUGGAAAUGAUGGUAAGAGGCCUUUAGCAGAUGUUUGGGCCCUAGACACUGCAGCCAAACCCUACGAAUGGAGAAAGUUGGAACCGGAAGGUGAAGGCCCUCCCCCAUGCAUGUAUGCAACUGCAAGUGCACGGUCUGAUGGCCUUCUUCUGCUCUGUGGAGGAAGGGAUGCAAACAGCGUGCCUCUCUCAAGCGCUUAUGGUCUUGCAAAGCAUAGGGAUGGCCGUUGGGAGUGGGCUAUUGCACCUGGUGUCUCUCCCUCCCCUAGAUACCAACAUGCAGCUGUUUUUGUGAAUGCCCGACUUCAUGUGUCUGGAGGGGCUCUAGGUGGUGGACGCAUGGUAGAAGACUCAUCAAGUAUUGCAGUGCUGGACACUGCUGCUGGAGUUUGGUGCGAUACAAAAGCUGUGGUCACAACCCCGCGGACAGGGAGAUAUAGUGCUGAUGCUGCAGGUGGAGAUGCUUCUGUUGAGCUAACACGACGCUGUAGACAUGCAGCAGCUGCAGUUGGUGACUUGAUCUUCAUAUAUGGAGGUUUACGUGGUGGUGUUCUGCUUGAUGACCUCCUUGUUGCCGAAGAUCUUGCUGCUGCUGAAACAACCAGUGCAGCUUCCCAUGCUGCUGCAGCUGCUGCAGUUUCGAAUGUGCCAGCAGGGAGAUCUACUGGACGAUAUGCCUAUGGUGAUGAAAGGACUCGGCAAAGUGGUCCAGAAGCAGUUCCUGAUGGUUCAGUGGUGCUUGGAAGUCCUGUUGCUCCCCCAAUUAAUGGAGAUAUGUAUACUGAUAUAAGCACCGAAAAUGCUAUGCUCCAAGGACCCAGGAGAUUGAAUAAAGGUGUAGAGUACUUAGUCGAAGCCUCUGCUGCUGAGGCUGAGGCAAUAAGUGCUACUUUAGCUGCUGCCAAGGCCCGCCAAGUUAAUGGGGAAGUUGAUCAAUUGCAUGAACGGGAUCGUGGUGCAGAGGCUACACCAAGUGGGAAACAAAUUUCACUGCCUUCUAAUGUUCCAGAAUCUUCUCUAUCAAACAGUGUCACACCAGCUAGAGUUCGGCUGCAUCACAGAGCAGUGGUUGUAGCUGCAGAGACUGGUGGUGCUUUGGGUGGCAUGGUCAGGCAGCUGUCCAUUGAUCAAUUUGAGUAUGAAGGCAGGAGGGUUAGCUAUGGCACACCUGAGAGUGCAACUGCAUCUAGGAAAUUAUUAGAUCGGCAAAUGUCUAUCUCUAGUGUGCCUAAGAAGGUAAUUGCACUACUGUUAAAACCACGUGGAUGGAAGCCCCCUGUCCGUAGGCAGUUCUUUUUAGACUGCAAUGAAAUUGCAGAUCUCUGUGACAGUGCUGAAAGGAUAUUUUCAAGUGAACCCAGUGUUUUGCAAAUUAAUGCUCCUGUUAAAAUUUUUGGUGAUUUACAUGGACAAUUUGGGGACCUCAUGCGUCUUUUUGAUGAGUAUGGUGCUCCCUCCACAGCAGGGGACAUAGCUUAUAUUGAUUAUCUCUUCUUAGGAGACUAUGUCGACCGUGGACAACAUAGUUUGGAAACUAUUACCCUUCUCCUUGCACUGAAGGUUGAGUAUCCACAUAAUGUACAUUUAAUCCGGGGGAACCAUGAGGCAGCCGAUAUAAAUGCUUUAUUUGGAUUCCGGAUUGAGUGCAUUGAACGCAUGGGUGAACGUGAUGGAAUCUGGGCUUGGCAUAGGAUAAACCGGUUAUUUAAUUGGCUUCCUUUGGCUGCAUUAAUUGAAAAGAAAAUUAUCUGCAUGCAUGGUGGCAUUGGUCGGUCCAUAGAUCAUGUGAAACAGAUUGAGGACCUUCAACGUCCAAUUACAAUGGAAGCAGGUUCAGUUGUUCUCAUGGAUCUGCUAUGGUCUGAUCCUACUGAAAAUGAUAGUGUUGAAGGGUUGAGACCAAAUGCAAGGGGGCCCGGGCUUGUGACUUUUGGGCCUGACCGGGUCAUUGAGUUUUGUAAUAAAAAUGACUUGCAAUUAAUAGUACGGGCACAUGAAUGUGUGAUGGAUGGUUUUGAGCGCUUUGCACAAGGACAUCUAAUUACCCUUUUUUCUGCAACUAAUUAUUGUGGUACUGCAAACAACGCAGGAGCAAUCCUAGUAUUGGGAAGAGACCUUGUUGUUGUCCCUAAGCUCAUUCAUCCUUUACCCCCUGCAAUUAGUUCACCUGAAACCUCACCAGAACACCAUAUCGAUGAUACGUGGAUGCAGGAGCUUAAUGCAAACAGACCACCAACACCAACCAGGGGCCGUCCUCAAGUAGCAAAUGACCGAGGUUCCCUUGCUUGGAUAUAGGAAUCAUUUUUAUGUGUCAAUAGUCAUUUCUGUUCCACUCUCCAAGGCACCUACUGCUGGCUUGUGUUCUGGCUCUUUUUUCAUCCGAUAAUUAGGGUUUUUGUGUGAAUGAUGUGCAGGAACCUUCCAUGAGCCAAGUUUUGAAGUCCGAUGAGUAUCAUGGGAGAGAACUACAAUGAAAUUUGCAAUCUUUCGCAUCUAGAACAUGGCUAGCUCAGACGGAGGAUCAAACUGUUGGCAGAUUUAAGCUCAAUCCAUAUCAUGAUUUAACCAGUACUUGAUUCAUUCGGCCCAGAGGUUGUCUCGUAGUUCCUGGGACACUCAUGUGUAUAUCUGAGCAGGAGUUGGAGGGAGGAUAGGUGUGCAUUUUCAUCUGUAUCAGCCAUUUGAGUGUUCGUUAUUGCACAGGGGUUAUUAAUUAUGGUAGAUAUUCUUUUUUUUUUUUUACCCACGCUUCUUAGAUCUUUUCUUGUGAAGACUUUAUAAAUAGGACCAGUGAGAAGUGAUGAUGGAGAGUUCACAGCAGUAUGUAACAUAGAUAUAUAUAUAAUCCACUACUUGUAGUAAAUUUUCUCUGCAACUUUUUGAGUGGACUUAGGAACUGUGUAUGAAGCUGGUUUUGUGGUCAGCAAGGGACUACUUGCUUUUCAUUCUUUGUUUCCAUUCUUGAAGACUAAAGCUUCCACGCUUGAGAGUAAUUUGGUUUUAUUUGUUCA